CCCUACUAUUGAAGAAAAUCAUACAAAAGGAAAACAAUUUAGCGAGAAAUCAACCACUAUGAAACUCUCAUCAUCACCAGCAAUUCUAUCUGCUCUUCUACUGAUUUUUCUCAUUCAUGGGAACGAGGUCGCAGCACUACAACAUUGGGGCUCGAAUUCCGAUCUCUGCAAAUUCACUUCUUUCCCUCAAAGGUUUUUGCGUCUUCGAAAUGGUGUUUGUACCAACCUGGCAUGCAAUACCGCAUGCAACAACAUGUUUGCCAUCUUUGGAGUCAAUAUUGUCGGACGGUGUGAGCAUCAAUCUUGUGCAUGCUACGAGGGGUGCCUCCAUCCUUUAGACCCGCCUAAAUCCUUUAGACAAGCCGGCACCGCCAGGAUAUCAGAUCCAACAUUAAAUUGAGAGUUCAAUUCGCCAAUGAGAAAUUAUUUUCUGAUAGAGCCUUUUUUAUUUUCUACCUUCCAUUUUGGUAGAAUAUGGAAUCAAGCUAGCUUUGUAGCUAGCAAUGAAACGUUUAAUAAAAUUUUAGUGAGUUAAUAUAUUAUUCCUUUAAUGUUUUUGUGGGGAAUGAGAUGCCUUGAUGUUAGCACCAUACUAACCUAAGUUUUAGUUUUUGAAUUGAAAAUAAAUAAUCCU